GAAUCGUGAGCGCCGCAGCGCUGCGCCUGGCGAUGAGUGUGCGCUUUUGAGUCUCUCUUCGGUUGGCGUUAGGUCGGAAGCUCAGAGCCGGGAGAGCAGUUGGUGGCCGUUGGCUGUUGGCUCUCUGUGGUAGUCUUCUCACCCCUCCCAACCCGAGCCAGGCCCCAGCGCCCCUUCUUUCCCCUCCCUUUCUCCCUCCCUUUCUUUCCCUUCUUCCCUCCAUCCUCCGGAGCCGGCGGCUCCCGCCUCCCCGAGGGAGAUGAGUUACGAUCGGGCCAUCACGGUCUUCUCCCCGGACGGGCACCUCUUCCAGGUGGAAUACGCGCAGGAAGCGGUGAAAAAGGGCUCGACCGCGGUUGGUGUACGAGGAAAAGAUAUUGUUGUUCUUGGUGUAGAGAAGAAAUCAGUGGCUAAACUACAAGAUGAAAGGACAGUGCGGAAGAUCUGUGCUUUGGAUGACAAUGUCUGCAUGGCAUUUGCAGGGCUUACUGCUGAUGCUAGAAUAGUUAUAAAUAGGGCUCGUGUAGAGUGCCAGAGUCAUCGGCUCACUGUGGAGGAUCCUGUCACGGUGGAAUAUAUCACCCGUUACAUCGCUAGUCUGAAGCAGCGUUACACGCAGAGUAAUGGGCGCAGACCUUUUGGCAUCUCUGCCCUUAUUGUGGGAUUUGACUUUGAUGGAACUCCCAGGCUUUACCAGACAGACCCCUCCGGCACAUACCAUGCAUGGAAGGCUAAUGCUAUUGGUAGAGGAGCCAAGUCUGUCCGUGAAUUUUUGGAGAAGAACUAUACUGAUGAAGCCAUUGAAACUGAUGAUUUGACCAUCAAACUUGUUAUCAAGGCCCUUUUGGAAGUGGUUCAGUCAGGGGGCAAAAACAUUGAACUAGCUGUCAUGAGGAGAGAUCAGCCUCUUAAGAUUUUAAAUCCUGAAGAAAUUGAAAAGUAUGUGGCUGAAAUUGAAAAAGAAAAAGAAGAAAAUGAAAAGAAGAAACAAAAGAAAACAUCAUGAUGAAUCAACUAUCCGGUUGCUUUAGCUAUGUUUUUAAUCCAUUCAAAUCAUGGUGAUUCUACAAAUGACAAGUAGGCAGCUCCAGUCCAUUUAUUCAUAUUGUACCUCCAAGUGACCUACAAAAUAAACCUAUGUAUUUUUUAAGCCUUUCUCCCCCCUUAAACAGUGUUUAUUAUUUGGACUUAUGAAAAAAGAUGUUUACAAAAAUGCAAUUUUUACCACCUCUGCAAUUGUAUAUCUGGAUGGUCAUUCUUUAGUACAAGUUUCCCUGACCAUUACUCAUAUAUCCCUUUAUUUGCCAGGCUAUACACUAGAUUUUUUUCCAUUAUGAUAUAAGCAUGUGGACUUAACUAGCAGCUCUCUUCUUUAGCACUUUUCAUAUCUAGCCUAGUAGUUAGAUUUGAAAUUAAAUUUUCACUGAGACUGUUGGGCAUUUAAAAGAAUUUUUGAGCAUUUUCAACAAUGAAUCUCUUACUUCGAAUAGGUUACCACCUUAUUAGGAAACAGACCAUUUAUUGAGACCAUACUUAUUGGAAGAUGUUCAGUUAAUUUGAUAUUUCUAUCACUGGACUAAUGUUUCUUUCCAGUUUUCAAAACUAUUUUUUCUGUCAGUUCAUUAAAGGUAACUAGGAGUUUCCAAUUAAGUCAUCUUGCAAAGAACAGAGGAUAAUGAACCAAGUGAGCAUGGUUCUAGUGCUGCUUUAUAUUCUGUGCCCCAGGGCACAUUAGUUCACUUCUCUAGGUCUCGCCUGAAGAUUUGGAGCUCUUUGUCCAAAAUUCUCAAUCUGUUAAAACCCUCACCUUUGCCACCCAUUAUGUUGUUUUUGAAGGGUUCAUAGCUUUUCUCCCUCCCACCCUAUUCCCUAGUUAGGAAAAAAAUGAAACAAAACAGUUAUAAGCUUUUCAUUGACCACUGCUCACUAACUUAACUAUCCCAAAUUUGGCUCACUUGCUCAGCUAAAUUAUUCAUUGUUUUGUUAGAGGUGAUAUAGCCUGAUUGCCUAACAUAGGUACAGCCAGAAUGAGUGACAUGUUUAAAAUUGAAUUGCAACACAUCACAGGUGAGAAGCUGUCCAGCUUAAAUAUAUUUAGUCUGCACUGGAGAAAAGUAGUGCCCAUUCCAACAAUUAAGUCACCUUGAUUAUCAGAGUUUUUGUUCACUUGGCCACAAGAAUUACAAAUGGUUGUAAUUUUAUUACCAAGCAUAUGCAAUGUGAAAAUCGUUAUCAGGCUUAGCCAAGUCUUCCUACUAAUCAAUAAUGUUUGGUUGAAAGAAUGAGAAUAUCCAUAGCAGCUAUUAAAAAAAAAAAACCCAGAAGGGACAAUUUUAAAAGCA